AACUUCCGACGCCAUUUUGGAUUAGCAGCUCCGCAUCAUCAAGCCAAGGGUUACUACCACACCAAAGUAAAUCGCUAUUCUAACUCCGACUCUACUUUCCAGCUUAUUCGACUAAAAACAAGUGGGGACAUAAGUCUGAACCCAGGUCCUAGUACAGCGAGGAGCAAAUGCCAAAAAUGUUCAAGAACAAUUGCUCGUAACCAUCGAGUAUUAGAAUGCAACCUUUGCGGUUUGAAAUACCACAUCAAAUGUGGGAAUGUUACGCCCAAAGAAUAUGGCUAUAUCUUAAAGAGUGAUGCAAAAAUAUGGAAGUGCCCUUGGUGUCUAACACAGCCAGCAUUGCCGGUAGAUGAUUUGCUUUCAGCCCUACCAUUUACGUCGGUGUCCGACGAAUCCUUCCUAUCUAUUGAAGAAGGACAAGAAGGACUUAACACUGACAACGCGAUCCAUAACGGGGAGGAUGGUGCGAGUCAUCUCGCCGACCUUACUCAACAUCUACAAAGUUUUCCAGCAAAAGAUUUAAGAGUAGCUCAUUUAAAUGUCUGCAGCUUAAGAAACAAGAUGGACGAGCUGAGAUGUUUACAGCUAUUAUGCAAAUUUGACAUGAUU